AUGGGACCCCAACAACAGGACCCCAAAGAUGGAGACACGAAGGAUGGGGACCCCGACGAUGGGAUCCCAAAGAUGGGGACCCCAAGGAUUGGACCCCAACGAUGGGACUCCAAAGAUGGGACUCCCCAAAGAGGGGACCCCAAAGAUGGGGACACCAAGGAUGGGGACCCCAUGGAUGGGAUUCCAAAGACGGGACCUCAAGAAUGGGACGCCAAGAAUGGGGACCCCCGGGAUGAGGGAUCCCAAAGAUGGGACCCCAAAGAUGGAGUCACCAGUGAUGGGAUCCCAAAGAUAGAACCCCACGUAUGGUCCCACCAGUAUGAGGCUCCAGUGAGGUCCCAGUACAGCCCCAGUCGGAUCCCAGAACAGGGGCUUGUGCAGCUGCUCUCUGCACCCAAGCCUUUGCGGGUAGGCUUUCGGGAACGCAGCCGGCACGGCCUGGCGUUCAUCGACCCCUGGGGACACCGGCCACCUUUGAGCUGGGUGACAAGGACAAGCCAGCCCGUGUGUCCGUCAGGGAAGGAGCUCCCUGCACUGGGAGCCGGCUCGUAUCCCACCUCCGCUUUGCUUCUAGGGGACCUGCUGAAUGAAGCCGAGACAAGCCAGCGGGUGAGCAACCCCCCAUGGAUUGGAAUGGGGAAACCUGCCUGCAGUAAGAGCCCAGGGCAGCUGGAAAACCCCGGCUUCUUCCUCCGAGCUCUCUUCCUCCUCCUCUUCUGCAGGCAUGUUUCUUCCCAGUGCAAGAUCCUGCGCUGCAACUCCGAGUACGUGGCUGCCACCCUCAACCUGCGCGGCUCCAACAGGAACGUGGCGUACUGCAACGCCCUCCGCUCCUACUCCCACUGCACCCGCAAGACGGCUCGCACGUGCCGGGGCGACCUGGCCUACCACUCCGCCGUCCACGGCAUCGAGGACCUCAUGAUCCAGAACAACUGCUCCAAGGAGGGUCCCACAUCGCCGCCCCGACCCCGGCCCCCGGCCCCCAACCAUCAGGGCUUCGAGUCUCUCGAUAUCUGCAACUAUGAGAAGAGUUUUCUCUACAAGCACGGCCAGCCCCCCAGCUACCAGCACUGCGCGGCUUUCGGGGACCCCCAUAUCCGCACUUUCCAUGAUGACUUCCACACUUGCCGAGUGGAGGGCUCCUGGCCUCUCUUGGACAAUGACUACUUGUUUGUGCAAGCAACCAGCUCUCCGGUGGCGAAGGGGUCCAACGCUACGGUCACUAGCAAGCUCACCAUCAUCUUCAAGAACAUGAAGGAAUGCAUCGACCAGAAGGUCUACCAGGCUGAGAUCGACAACCUCCCGGCCGCCUUCGAGGACGGCUCGGUGAACGGGGGCGAGAGGCCGGGCGGGAGCAGCUUGGCUAUCCGGGAGCGCAGCCCCGGGCGGCACGUGGAGAUCCGUGCGGAAUACAUCGGUACCACCAUCGCCGUCCGUCAGGCCGGCCGCCAGCUCUCCUUCUCCAUCCGGGCAGCCGAGGAGGUGGCGCGCGCCUUCACGGAGGAGCAAGACCUGCAGCUCUGCGUGGGCGGCUGCCCUCGCAGCCAGCGCAUCUCCCGCAGCGAGUGCUGCCGUGGCCGCGUGGCGGCCGAGACGGCCCGGGCGCUCUGCAAGGAGAGGCUGCCCGUGGAGGACGUCUACUUCCAGUCGUGUGUCUUCGACGUGGUGACCUCGGGGGACGCCAACUUCACCAUGGCGGCUCACGGGGCCCUGGAGGACGCCAGGGUCUUCCUUCCCAACGCUGAGAAACUGCACAUCUUCCAGGCUGGGGCGGGCUGCCCGCGCGUGUCUCCUUCCUUCCUCCUCCUCCUCUUCACCUCUGGUCUUUGGGCUGUUUCGUUGCACUUUUAA